AAGGGCAGCCCCACGUAGACCAUGUUGCAGUAAUCCAAGCGGGAAGGUGCCAGAGCAUGCAUCACUGCUGCUAGGGAGUGCCCAUCCAGGUAAGGGCACAGCUGCUGGAUCAGUCGAAGUCGUAGGAAAGCACUCCUUGCCGCCACCUGGAACUCCAGUGACAGCUCUGGGUCGAGGAGCACUCCCAAGCUGCCCGUGCAUUUGGUUUCCCACUGUUACUGUGGCAUUUGUCUGCUGCUCUCUGCAUGCAUUAGUGCUGCAGUGCUGUUCCAUUUAAGGAAUGCUCUGAUCAGGACGUGUGUGAGAUCCUCCGCAGUGGGGUUUGGGCUGCUUGUGACCCUGGAGAACGCUUGGCCUACUGGUCUUGCCAUUGCCGGUAUCAGCUAGGGCAGAUGGGAAUUGUAGGCCAAAGCUCCUGCCACAGUUUGCCCACUUGCUGGACAGACUUUCCACAAGAGGGCCCGGUGGAAGCCCUGUGCAUUCAUGGAGGGUAGGACACCGCUCGCAUUGGGAGACACAGACCAGCCCUGAGGUUCUAAUGGUUUUGGCUCCUGGGGCUCAAACCCUUCUGUGUCAGAGGUGAGGGGUCAAGAGGGGGCCUGGAGUAAGUGGCCCCUUUACUGAUGAAUGUCUGAGAAUGUGGGGUCACAGGGCCACAGAAGUUUGCUGCCCGUGCCUUACUUUGGUUCGGCUUUAUUUUAGCCAGCUAGGUCUACUGGUAAACCUGUUGUAGGAAAUCCCGAGGCAAAGCUGCCGUGCUGUUUUAUGCUUGAACUUAAUUCAUGGCCUACUCACAGUGUGAAAUGCCUUGAAAGUUUUACCCUCCUGGGACACGGUCUUUGGAAAGUAACAACUUCUGCCUUACCUAUUAAUUAGGAACCCACGUCAGAUUGGUCAAAAGCGUAGCCUGGAGCCACGGCUACAGAAGAUGGAACUUUUAUCAGCUUCCUUCUGAUGGUUCCGGGGGGAGCAGGGAACUGCUGCUGGCGUUCUCCUGGCUCCUGGGCAGAAUCGGCUUAAUGGAGCAGCUGCUGACACUGAGUAGGCUGAAGCCUUGGGAUGAAGCAGCGGUGUGUGUGUGCGACAGCCCUCUGAGAAGCCUGCAUCGCGGGAGGACGCCGGCUCCGAAAGAACGCCUGCAAGGCCAGCGAGACGUCCGACACCUGCAGUGGUUAUACGGACGCCUGCGGUUCCAGUGGCGGAGUUGGCUUGCUGAGCAGCAAGAGCAGUGCAAGCUCCUGCACAAGAUACAUUCCUGUACAAUUGGCUCUCACACCAAUCCCAUGAUUGGCCAUUUCUCAGCCACAGAGGUAGAUGUGAUGAGACAACCAGAAAACUACAAGCAGCUGCUGCAGUCCGUGGAAUCGGAGAGCGCUCGCCUGGAGGCCUUUCUGGAGUGGAAGCCCCUGGAGUUGGUUUUCUGGCAGUGGAUGGAGACUGUUCUGGAUUCCGAGGCCGGCGAUGCACAGCUCCAUACGGUGGGCGACAAGGGCUCCCCCCUCCCAAGCGCUGACCUGGGUUGCUGUGGCAUCAGCAGAAUUCUUGAGGAACUUGCGGAAUGCAGGAAAGAUCUAGCGACUCUUCGUGGUGAACUGCGUGAACGCGCAACGUGCAGGAAGCGGAGCUGCUCUGGAAAGGUCCAGGCACGAGAGCAGGACCAGUUGGGAGAUGGGGAGCUCCGUCUGGCUGCUGAGGAAGCACAAGAGGCCGCGAAGCUGAAACUCUCGGGCCUUGGAUGUCAUCAUGGUGCCUGUAGCAUCCGUGCGCCACACGGUCCCUACAGACUUGUAUUUAAAGGCAAGCGACCAACAGCCAGCAAAAUGGAUUCCGGGAGGUCAGCGGCACCCGGCACAGCAGCGGCGGGCGGGAUGGCUGCCACGGAUGUUAUCCGGGAGCUCAGGAAGCAGGAGGCAGCCCUGAGGACGGCGCUGGAGCAGCGGCAGGAAGAGGCCAGGCGGAAGAUGCACAGAGCCGCGGAGGGGCUCAGCCACGUGCUUCUCAUCCCUCCAUCGGAAAGACCGAGCGCCAGAUAAGGGGCCGCCCGGCGGGGCUCGGUUGCUUUGGAGGGACCAUCCAGGGCCAUGCAGGGAGGGGCAGGCUCCCCCUUGGCGGAGGUGGGGGACAGCUUUUCGCCUGCACUGUGAUUUUUCUCAUUUUGCAUCUUGUGGGGUGCUAAAUAAGGAAACAAUUAAAAUAUAUCCCGAAAGCA